GCUGCAGGGGUGGUCGGAGUCAUCAUGGUGCUGGUGCUGGUGGUUCUGAUACCUGUGUUGGUCAACUCUGCUGGUACCGCUGCGCACUAUGAGAUGCUCGGAACCUGCCGCAUGGUGUGCGAUCCGUACGGGACUAAAUCGCCCUCCAGCACCGCCACUGCGGACACCGUGCGGGACAACAGCCUCAUUCAGUCGUUACCGACUUUUAUUCAGGGUCCGAAAGGGGAGCCCGGCCGUCCCGGGAAGAUGGGCCCAAGGGGUUCGGCAGGUGAAGCAGGACCGCCCGGUCCGGCGGGUCCGCCGGGGGAGAGAGGGGACCCCGGGCGUCCUGGAUUACCCGGGCCACCGGGACCCAACGCGGCAGCGGGUGCCAUCAGCGCGGCCACCUACAGCACCGUGCCCAAAAUCGCCUUCUACGCCGGACUUAAAAAGCAACACGAGGGCUACGAGCUUUUGAAAUUCGACGACGUGGUCACCAACCUGGGCAACCACUACGACCCGACCACGGGGAAGUUCACCUGCUCCAUACCCGGGAUAUACUACUUCACCUACCACGUCCUGAUGCGCGGCGGGGACGGCACCAGCAUGUGGGCUGAUCUCUGUAAAAACAACCAGGUGCGGGCGAGUGCCAUCGCCCAGGACGCGGAUCAGAACUACGACUACGCCAGCAACAGCGCCGUGCUGCACCUGGAGCCCGGGGACGAGGUCUACAUCAAACUGGACGGGGGCAAGGCCCACGGCGGCAACAACAACAAGUACAGCACCUUCUCUGGGUUCAUCAUCUACGCCGACUAG